AUGUCGGACACGGCCAAGUUUGCCCUCUCCGGCUCGGCCGAUUACUUUGCCAUUUACUGGAGCCUCUCCAAUGGCGAGCCAAUCUUCAAGCUCGACCAUUCGACCAUCGUUCGCGCCUGUGCCAUCGACCCCGGCGCCAACCCGGAGUGGAUCUACACCGGCACCAAAAACGGCACUGUCUGCCGCAUCUCCACCGCCAACCCGUCCCAGGUCACCUCGUAUGACGCGCACACCGAUCUCGUGCGCGCCAUUGCCCCCAUCCCGGACACGACGCUCUUCCUGACGUCCGGCGAUGACCGUGUUACCCGCCUCUGGGACACCCGGGCCCCGCCGACCGCGCCGGUCAACUCCCUGACCACUCCGAGCAAGGUCACCUCUUUGGAGCUGGCCCGUGAGGGGUCUUCCGUGAUGACUCUCUGCUUCGGUGAGAGCGUCCUCCUGGCGCACAACACCAGCUUCGACCCGCUGUACGAGUUCGAUCUUCCCUUCGUGGUGGAGUCGGCCUCCUUGCACCAGAGCGGCCGGUUCCUGGCCGCUGGUGGUAACCAGCUGGACAUCGGUGUUUACGACAUCUCCGACCCAGCCAACCCCAUUCAGACAUCCCUCCUCAAGGGCCACCAUGGACCAGUGCACAGCUUGCGCUACUCGCCAGACGGUCGCCUCCUGGCCUCCGGGAGUGAAGACGGCACCGUGCGUCUCUGGCCCACGCGCCCGUAUGAGCCGUAUGGCCUGUGGGAUGGCCCAGACCCGAGCACUUUCUCCGCCUAA